GGUAUGAGCUGCUGUGCUAUUUAAGGCUUUGUGCUAAGAAACAAGGUGACAAUCCAGAGACCUUACAGGAACACACAGGCUGCCCUCACUUACUGUCCUCUGGAUUGCCAGAUCCACCUGGGUGUCCAGGAGUGCAGAUUAUCUGUGUAUCUCCAUUAAAAGCUGAUAAGGAGCAAGAUAAGAAAUUCUCCAUCUUCUCUCUAUUUUGCUGGUGAGAAGCUACAAGGAGACACCCACCUUGCAUCGUGGACCUCACUAGAGAUUAAAUCCUCUGAUUACCGGAUUUUUGGUGUCAUCUGUGACUCUCCUGCUACCUUGGUGGUCCUGGAGGAUUAUACAAAAAAUUAAAGGGAAAGCUGGGAACAACCAGAACAUUAAAUAAUAAAUCAUAGCAUUAACUAAAAUAUAGGGUUAUUGCAAGGAAAACCUUUUUUUUCUGAAUUUAUCCGUGGUACAAAGUGGUGCAGAUUGUAUCUGUUGAACUAAUACUUCCUCCUCUGAUUUGUACUAUCUUGAUUUGCAAAAAGACACGGAGUGGACAUUUGACAAUCACACACACAUUAUAAAGACCUAGAAACAUCUGAUUAAGUUGGGAUGACAGCGGAAAGCCAACAGUCUCCCAGCAGAGCCACGGGGGCUGGCACCAACCUCCAACAAGCCAGUGGCUUCUCAAUACCAGUGGUUAAAGUGGAGAAGGAUCCAAGUGAAACAAGUGUCUCUUCCAAUGGGCAGCCUGACGUUGAUGAAACCCCCAAAGGAAGAAGGAGGAAAAGACCUCUCCAGAGAGGCAAGCCACCCUACAGCUACAUAGCCCUCAUAGCCAUGGCUAUUGCCCAUUCAUCUGACAGGAAGCUCACUUUAGGUGGAAUCUACAAAUUUAUAACUGAGAGAUUCCCCUUUUAUCGGGACAAUUCCAAAAAAUGGCAAAACUCCAUCAGACAUAACCUGACUCUCAAUGAUUGUUUCAUUAAAAUUCCCAGGGAACCAGGAAGGCCAGGGAAGGGAAAUUACUGGGCUCUGGAUCCCAAUGCAGAAGACAUGUUUGACAGUGGGAGCUUCUUGAGGAGAAGAAAAAGGUUCAAGAGAACUGACCUAACCACAUACCCAGCCUACAUCCAUGACACUAGUAUGUUCUCAGCUAUCCAAGUUGGCAGGCCCACCUACCACAACUCUAUGUACCCCAACGUGGCCAUGAGUCCUACUUACAGCCAGCAGAUCACACCACAUUCCUCAGUGUACUACCCAUCAUCAUCACCAGCCUUCAGCACAGGUCAGUCCAGGGUGUUCAGCAUAAAUACACUCAUAGGUCCACCCAGCGGACCUGAGUCUGGUCAGCAGGCAAACAGGUCCAUCAGCCCAGAGAUUAGUUCAUCCUCCACCAGUUCCUGUACCUAUGGGAGUGCAAGCUACAAUAGUCAGGCAGGUGGAGGCACCAUGCAUCCAAGGUCAGCCAACUCGGUGGCCUAUUCCUAUCCAGUUCCUAACAGCCAUCUGCCAAUGAAUCAGAGCUCCUAUGCCCACGGGAAUUCACAGCUGUUUGGGACAUCCAGUAGGCUGCCCAUGCCAACCUCCCCUGCCAUGAACAGUGAGACCAUGGAUUUGUACGGUAGGAUGUCUCCUGGACAGUACACCUCACUGACUCCCUACAACACCAAUGGGCAGCUAGGUGGCUCUAAUGCCUACCUGAGACAUGCCACAUACCCAGGCAGCAUGGACAGGUUUGUGUCUGCUCUUUGAUGUAAUGGGUGGCACUGCCAUGCACAAACACCCAACACACAGAUCAAGGUGAUGGAGCCUGGUGACUGAGGAGCACAUUCUAGAGGUGGUCACCCUAGUCGGGGGCCAUGCUGUGUUGAUGCUGGACACGAUUACUAGAUCUAGUAGCUCCACAGUUGUGUACUCUGUGGGGUUUGUGAGGUUUUAGUCUCAUGCUGAUCAGCAUUGUUGUAGUUUUUGUUCCUAUAUGGUACAAUGAGAUGCAACCUGGAUUGAAAGCUGCAAUAUUUGACAAACUAAAUCUGU